CAGUGCUUUAGUGGUGCUUUAGCACCGCCACCGCCACGUUACAGCUCAUUGCUUCGUAAGCGUUGUGAUUGUGUCGUUAAUGUUGCAAUUGUAGUGUUUCGAACUGUACAUUAAAUUGUGCAUUAAAUUGUGUCAACACAAUGCAAUAAUCCUUGCACGCGUCAAACAGGUUGCGUUAAGCUGAACCUUUAAAAACGUGAUGUGAAAUCUGUCGUUUUGCAUAGCUUGGACGAUAAAAAAGGUACGUCGGUGUAAAGGUUAGAUGCACCUGGAUAGAACAGUUUUUAAUUGAAAAUCAAAUGUAAGUUUGAUAAAUUAUCCAGCACCGCAUCUACUUACGAGCAAUUAGAUCGGACACAAAAUGGAAUCUAGUAAAAUAGACGAGGAUAGUCAACGUAAUAUUAAUGAAGGGGACUGGAUUUGUCCUGAUACACAAUGUGCUAAUAUAAAUUUUGCAAGAAGAAACUCUUGUAAUCGGUGUGGAAAAGAUAGGGGAGAAUGCCCUAAGAAAAAGAAAUUAGGACAAGAAAUUGGGAAAGCAGCUGCGGAAAAGAGUAGAGGAUUGUUUAGCGCGGACGAUUGGCAAUGCAGCAAAUGUGGAAACGUAAACUGGGCUCGCAGACAACAGUGCAACAUGUGUAAUGCGCCAAAGUUUGGGGAGAUCGAGGAGCGUACAGGAUAUGGAGGUGGUUAUAAUGACAGAGGGGUUGUCGAAUAUAAAGAGAGACGAGACGACGAUGAUGACUACGAUGAGUUCGGGCGACGUAAAAAGAAACGGAAAAUUGAGAACCGUUCGGACGAUGACUCCAAAGAUUCUAGGUAUAGUAGCCCCGUGCGUAAUUCAUCUAAAAAUAAAGACGAGAGAGACGAGGAUGAAGAUCGAAACGAAGAAAAUGAAGAAGACGAAGAAGAAGACGACGAGGAUGGAGAUCUAUCGAAAUAUGAUCUGAGCGAGUGGGAUGACUUUGCAUUAAAGAAAAAUACAAACGGGAACACUCCGUCCUCGGAAGAGCGAUCAAGGAAGUCCAAACUUGGGGGCCCUCUCGGUGUGUGGCCAACAUUGGGUCUCGCUGGUCUACCACAAGGGAACGAGCCGGCUGUGCCUCCACCUAACGAAGGCACUACCGUUGUACUUCCAGAAUUGUUUGGAUUCACUACCGAAGAUUGUUGUUGCUGUUGCUGCGGCGGUGGCUGCUGUUGCUGUGUCUGUUGUUGCUGCUGUUGUUGUUGCUGUUGUGUAUCCUUUGUCGAAGGCGGAGAUGUGUCGGGUUUUGUAGUAGGCGAUGCUGGUACCGUUCUCGGUGGACCCAUGCUGUCUGGUAUGUUGGCUUUCCAGGAUCAACUGGAGUAUGAGGAGCACCAUUGCCUGGUGUGUGCGGAGUAUGAGGAGUAUGAGGACUAUGAAGUGAACCGGCAAAACCACGGAAAAUCCAGAGGUGAGUCCUUUUGUGCAGUUGGUCCACUUGGACUCAAUGACGAGAUGUGUGAGUGGGAAACCGGUGUGCCCGGAUUACUGUGGUUUAAUCUUGUCGUUGAUACUGCAGUCGCGUUGCCAACUGUUGGAUUGGGAGAAUCCUGGCUGUCUGCCGGUGAAUUUAAUGCUGAACUUGCACGUGGCGAUGGUAACGACAAAUUACUAGUGGGAUUAUUCGGCGACGAAGGGUUCGGGCUUUGUAUUGCGAUCGGAAAUAACAUCAUUUGCAUUUUCCUUAUGGUUGCUAAUUGUACUUCUCUGUGUUGCCUUUGCUGCGGGGUUAAAUUUUCAUCUGGAACUUUAACACCCUGCAGGGAUGGUUGCAAACUCCCUGGACCUGGACUGGUACUGCCUCCUAAUAAAUUGGGACUGUGUCCCAUUGUACUAUUAGAAGGUGAAUUUGGUACAAGACAAGGCACGUCUAUAUUUGCGUCAUCCAACGAUGGUUCAGAAUUGCCAAGAGAAUUCCCACCAUUCAAGUUUCUGAGAUUGGGUUGUUCAUUCCAAAAUGGUGGAGCAUUGGGAUCAAGGGCCGGUAGAUCUGGGGGUUGCUCCGUUGGAAAAAACAUGUCACAGUUAGAAUUAGAUCCCCAAUUUACUCAAGGUUUACAUCUUUUACAUUCCACUAACAAAGAUUCAGCAGAGCAAUUGCGAAUACUUUUAGAUGAGGCGAUUAAACAAAAGUACGGACCAUCAAAAAUGUUAUCCAAUGUGCUACAUAAAAAGUAUAUGAUGGAGGAACCAGUGCUGAGCGAUCACAGCAGCAGCAGUAGCAAAAAGAGUAAAAGCUCUUCUUCUAAACACUCGAGUAAAUCUAGUAAAAAUAGUUCGCCUGUGAAUCUACCAACAAGGGACACGCCUCCUGAUAUUAUACAGACUGACACCUUGGCAUUAGAGAUAUUGGAGGAUGAUUUGACAUGUGUUAUUUGCAAAGGAAUGGAUGUUGGAGCUAGGAAUAGACUCGUAGAGUGUCUGGAGUGUCAUUCUCUGUACCACCAAGAAUGUCAUGUUCCACAUAUACUAGAUUCGCAAAUAGAUGUCCCAGGAUUAGUUUGGUAUUGCUCAAAUUGUUCAAAAUCUCAGGUCUCUAAAGAAAGGAGUUCACCAAAAACAGUGAUAGAGAACAAAAGUAAAGAACAGAAGAAAUCUAAUUCAAGUGGUGGAAAUAAAGUGACACCUAAUAUUCAUAUAAUAAGUGCAGACAGGAGAUUAAAAGACAUGAUGAAGAAAGCAAAGCAGGAUAAACGAAGUACAAGUAAUAGUCAAAGUUCAAAAAACUCCUCAUCCAGUUUGCCAGCGUUGUCAUCGACUAAAUCUCAGGAGAAAUCUCUAUUAUACAAGAUAAAAUCAGGUGUGGAAUGAAAUUUUUCUGCACAAGAUUAUCGUGACAAUAUUUUAUAAUAUAGAAGAAACUUAAAUGAAUGUUAUAAUACAAAUCUUUACGAGACAACUGUAAGCGAUCAACCGAUUGAAGAGAGUAGUAGAAAAUACAGUGAACGUCGGAAAUAUAGUCAACGAAAAAACAAUGGAUCGUUUAAUGCCAAAGAGAACAUGAAUAAUCAUUGAACGAAGAAUAUCAAUUUUAUAUCCAGCCAACCGCUGUUACGAUUUCAAAAGAAAAUUGUAAGGACCGCGAUACGUGACUUGUUAUUUAUAGUUUUUAAAGCUAGAAGAAUAGAAUUUUUGGUACAGAUGUAUGUUCGACUUAAAUACAAAUAUAGUUCACACGGAAAAA